AGUAGCUCCACCCCGGUUUCACUUUCAUCGUGAACGAACAGGAGGAGAAGACUGCUAGCUUUGUCCGACGACAGGAGCCACUGCUGCGAACGCGGGCACGGUCUCCAGGAAGUUUAGCGAGUUUUGAGGGACCUCAGAAACCGCAGGGUUUUAAGAUUGCACGGAGAGACAGAAAAGAUCCUGACUGCAUCAGCCAGAAAGGAAACACAAUUUGAUUUGAAGAUUGAAUAGGAUUGUGAGAAGCUUUUUUUGGUUUCAGUCCAAAAAAACAAGACAAGAUGGCUGACCAGCUGACCGAGGAGCAGAUCGCAGAGUUCAAGGAGGGUAUUUUUUUGUUUCUGGGAAAUCUUAAUUUAUGAGGUUGGACCGUGAAGAAAAGGUCAGAAUUUCCCUGCAUGGUUUCGAAUAAGCAUUGGAAUCCAUUGCAGAAAAAAAAAACACAAUCAAACAGCCUUCUCCCUGUUCGAUAAGGAUGGCGAUGGCACUAUCACCACCAAGGAGCUGGGAACCGUCAUGCGCUCUCUGGGUACUACGAAUAGGCUGUUUUUUCGAUACAUACGCGUGUUUUUGUCAUCGUGCCACAUUUCUUUUUGAAAGAACCGUCGUGAAUUCAAGUGACUUUGCAGGGAUUAGUACACAAAAAAUUAAAAUAUCUACUAUAAACACAGGUCAAAACCCGACCGAAGCCGAGCUGCAGGACAUGAUCAACGAGGUCGAUGCCGAUGGUAACGGAACCAUCGACUUUCCGGAGUUUUUGUCCCUGAUGGCUCGUAAGAUGAAGGACACUGACACCGAGGAGGAGCUGAUCGAGGCGUUCAAGGUACUACAUUUAGAUCAUUUCUUUCUCUUCCGUCAGAAAAAUAAGUUGUCUGUCAUACUAAAUCUUGAAAUUUUCUUGUGGAUGUCAAAGAAACCUAUGGCAUCCCGAAAACAAAUCUGAUUCUCUUCCAAGACAGUCUUUAAUUUGAAUUUCAAAGGUGUUCGAUCGCGAUGGCAACGGUUUCAUCUCCGCCGCGGAGUUGCGUCAUGUGAUGACGAACUUGGGCGAGAAGCUGACGGACGAGGAGGUCGACGAAAUGAUCCGUGAGGCCGAUGUCGACGGUGAUGGGCAGAUCAACUACGAGGAGUUCGUCAAGAUGAUGAUGGCGAAGUAA